UGUAAUCACAAAAAGCAAGGGCUGCUCGCCAUUGGUGUGAACACAAAUUCUAGACUCUUUUGGAAUCUGAUAAGAAUAAGAGGCUUUUAAACUUACAAGUUCUGUAACCUGGGAAGUGCAGAGUUGCAGGUUUUCAAACCUUUUCUGGUUCAUUUAAUAGAGUUGCUAAAUUUGGAAGGAGCAGGGGAGGGGGGUUGGGAAAAGUUUCAAAGGGUGUGUUAAACAGGCUUAUUGAAAGCUCUAGAGGCCAAUUCAUGAAGUAAUAAUGUCUGUAGUUUCUAAUGUUCCCAUCCUUGCUACUGGGAUAAUAUUGGGCCCUAAACUCUCACACUGAAGGUUUAUUGUAAUUCCUUUCAGUAUUCAAUUUCACUACUCAGUUAAUCAUUCAGAAAGAAAGUACAUCACAGCAACUAGACUUCAGACUGCAGAUAGACCCAUCGUUAGGGGGAAAGGUAACACUUUUUGAAAAUAAAUGUGGUUUGAAGUCUGCAAACUUAAACAACCCCUUACAAUUUAGAGGAACUUUUCUCUCCGAAUCUUCGGAGUGUGUUGCUGGAUGAACUGGUGCCUCGCAGUGCCAGUCACCUGGGGUCAUGCUCGACAUCUGCUGCCAUCUGUUCGGACUUUGCCCGCUCUCCCAGUGACGGCAUGGGCCUCUCCCAGGUGCUUCUGUUCCCUUCCAGGGCAAGCCAGAAUAGAUUAAGAAAAUUCUAAACUAUCAAACACUGUGCACAAAAGUAGCAAAAAGAACAUGCAGUCCAAAAGCUGGCUACGUGCAGCUUAUAUUCUGUGCAAUGUCCUCUUGGUCAUUGAUGUUAAUGUUUCUGCCACUACUGAUUCGAAUGGCAGUGGCACUCCAGCUGAAAGUCUUCAAACAACUACGAACAAUGGUCCCCUGGGUCAAGGGUCCACUGUGCCGAAGGCAACAUCAGCACCUACAUCCAAUCAGAGCGCAAGUACCUUGGCUUCUGGGACUACAGAUGCCAUGUCAACCUCUAAGCCUAACAGUUCACAGACAUCUGUGACACCAACAGAUUCUGUUCAAACAGCACUGUCCAAUAUUUCAAGUCACAGUAUAAAUGAGUCAACAGCAACUCCAACAGUUCAUUCAACAGCUGGAAAAACCCAAACUACUGCGAUAGCAACACUGGUACCAAAGUCCACGCAGAUGGAGUCCACUGCAACAGGCAGAAAGUCAAGUAGCACUGGCACCACUCAGCCAACCACUGGCUCACUGUAUACAGUCAUUACCACUGCCACUUCAGGCUCAAUUUUACCUCUGCAAAAGGAAGAAGUAAUUCUGACUAUCUGCUUGAGCACCAUUCUCGCUGUGGUCAUUUUAACUAUUGUGAUGUAUAAUGUCAACAAGUGCAAACGAAGGAGAGCACAGUACUCACACCAUCCUCUCUAUGCCAACUCACAUGAGGAGCCAGGUUUUCCAAAUGAUACGUUAGUGAUAUCAGGAGGUCUAUAUGAUGAAUCACGUGUUUAUAAUCCCAACAUGACUGUUCUUGAAGAAGAUGAUGACCUUCAUGCUGAUUACCCUUCAUUUACCUCCAAGUAUAGCCAAUUCAAGCUGGAAUUUUUACCAGAGGAAAGAGAUGUUUCAGGUCAAGGAGCCUCAUUUACCACAUUCCAACCGGAAACAUAAUCCCAUUACAACCAUUGUGUUAACUCUACCCUCUAUCCUGUAUUUCUUUCAGUUUCUUGGGUUAGAUGAACAAAAGGUAGCUUUUUGUGUUUUGUGUCCCUGCAGCUAUAAUAGAACUUUUGGAAUGAGUAAAACUAGUAUUGUAUGUGUUCUAACCAGCAACUGUGUUUGUGAUAUUGUGAAAGCAACUCUGAAGAAAGCGUGAAUGUUUGUACAGACAUGCCUGUAUUGUAAAUAAUAUGAACUUUUAUAUUCAGAAGUAUUUGUGUUUGAUGUACCUAUGUGUAACUUUGUUAUAAUCCUUGUUAGUUGCCUUGGGAAUAAUCAUCCAAUCCUUGACUUCCCUGGAUUUUAAAGGGUGAGGUGACCUUUUCUAUCUUUCACUCCAAAUUUAAUGAUGAGCCUAAUCAUGUGUAGACACUCCUUAAUCAUUCUGAAGUAUCAAAAUACUUAUUUCCGUGAUAUUCAGUCAAAAUAGUUUUCAUUGAUUAUGUUGAAUUGCCUUGAAGCAUGUCUAAUCAGUGAGAUUCUUUCAGCUGUAUGCUUGUGCAUUUGUAUUUGGUUACUGGUCAGAAUGAAAAAUUGUCACUUUGUUGAUCAGAAUUGUUGCUUAAAACCUCUGUCUGUGGCAGUAUGUUUCCUGUCCUAUUUAGAUAGCUCUGGUUUAUCGGGCAUGCCAAAGGAGCUUUGUUUAGGGACAGACACCAUUUGCACAGAAAACAUGGUAAUAAUUCUGUCCUGUAAAAGUAAAUUAUCUUAAAAUAAGGAUUAAUUUAUUUUGAAACUCUAAGCAAAUGUAUCCUCAUUAUAAGCUCAAGUUAGUUGUAUUUGUGGUAUGCUCAAGUAUGGAUUUAACGUGCAGACAACCAUGAUAAUAAUUAUGACAGGUUCCACUGGUGCCAGGUAAUGAAGUUAUUAUGAAGGAAAUCAAUGCUAUUAAAGGAGAGCUGUAAAUAUAUUAUAUAUAUCGACACUGUUUGGAUAUUUCUUUGGAAUCUGAAAUCCUAUUUUAGUUAAAUAGUUUUAUUUUUAUAAAUCAUUUUCUGCCCAGACUUGCUAGUAGGUUGCUCGUAAAUACAUGUUCAAGAUAAAACUUUCAGCCAAUCUAGUAUCUUAGUAACUUUCUACAAUUUAUCUUCAGCGGCUGAUGCAUUUAUUUAUCCUAGUGUAUCAAAAUAUCACCAAAUAUUGCUCUUCAAUAAAAGAGUAAACAAACAA